UUUUGAUACAAGAUGGAGUCUGUAAGUUUGAUGAUAGAACCAGAUUUUGGUGGCUCAAAGAAGUCUUCUAUUGAAGAUGACUUUACUUAUGGAGUUACUGUUGCUCAAACAAACAUCAAGCUUCGACUUGCAUUUCUAAGAAAAGUGUAUGGCAUCUUGAGUGCCCAGCUUGGUUUAACAAUUCUGGUGUCUGCGGUAUUUAUGAACACACCAUGGAUCAAAGGUUUUGUACAACAAAGGCCAGAGCUAUUAUUGAUUGCAUUCUUAUUGUCAAUGGGUUUUCUUAUUGCCCUGAUGUUCAAGAGAAGAGAAAGUCCGACCAAUUUUUACCUUCUCUUUGCUUUUACAUUGGUUGAGGCAUACACAUUAGGUACCCUUGUGACCUUUUAUGACAAGAUGAUUGUGCUYGAGGCAUUUGGRAUGACUGCAGCAACCACCAUUGCACURACAAUGUACACAUUUCAAAGCAAGAGAGACUACAGUUCWUGGGGAGCAGGAUUGUUCACAAUUCUGUGGAUUUUUAUUGUCGCUGGAUUUAUGCAGUUUUUCUUCCAAAGUGAGCUCCUUGAAUUGGCCUAUGGUGUUACAGGAGCCUUGCUGUUCUCUGCUUUCAUUGUGUUUGACACACACAUGCUAAUGCACAAGAUGUCRGCGGAGGAGUACAUCAUGGCGUCAAUCAACCUUUACCUGGACAUAAUUAACCUAUUUAUACAUAUCCUCAAGAUAUUAGACUCGUUAAAGAGGAAUUAAAACAUGUUGCAACAUGAAUUUAUAGCACACCUGGUUUAACACUCCUCCACACCCAUUUAGAACCAGCUUUGUUACACAAAGAAAAAAUGGAUGGGAAGGAGUGUAGCAAUCAAUAAAAGGGAGGCUGUGAAGGAGACUAGUGUAACAAGGGUCUAGACUUGAUUACAAGCACAGUUAUUGGAAGAUUUACUAUAAAUUGUAAGCUAUUUAGCGCACAAAAACUUUGUUUUUUUUUAUUAAUUUUUGGUUAAGACCAAUUAGUUUGUUUCAAUGUUUGAUAAAAUAAUUAUCAUAAUAAUAUUACACCAUGUAAAAAACGCAGAGUGAAUAAAUGUGUUAAAUUUCAAUCAAUAAAAYCUUGACAUACGUAUAAAAAAAUUGAAAAUUUGUUGUAACAUGUAACUCUGUAUUAAAGUUUGUUUAGUUUGUUUGAAUGAAAA